UGUAUCCUCGUCGUAGCCAGACACGCUCACGGAGGAAACUCACUUCUUCCAGCCCGCACCCGAGGGACCCCCUCCAACCUGAGGAUUGUCACCCCCAACACGGACCAUCAUGAAGACGCUGGUGGCACUCCUGCUGCUGCUUUGUGUUGACGGCGCGCAUGGCGACUGCCAGGAUGCCUGCCUGUCCUGCAGCCUCAUCCUGCCCAAACGGCUCACCUUCAACACUAUGGAGUGUCUUUUUGCAUGUCAGGGUUCCAUCUCUUUGACAUCCUCCUGGGACACCUGCCGUGGAUCCCUGUUGAUUUCAUCUAUGCCUAAAAGAUCCCAGGAGGAAGUGGAGGCCUUCUUCCCUGCUGAGGAGGAAGACAAUGGAGAGAAGGAAGAGGAGGAGCUGCCCUUGGCCUUGCAGAAGUUCGAUCACAUGACCCGAGAGCUGGGGCUGGAUGAAACGGAUGCGGGUACCCACAAUCCCCCGCCCUUGGACGAAGAGUACGAGGACUCCGACGCCAGCGACGUGGCUCUGAGCGUCUCCAAGAGGUUCGGCGGCUUCGUGAAGGGCCGCCAUGGCUACAGGAAGCUGAUGGCCCCGGCCAGGUCCUACCAGAAGCGCUACGGCGGUUUCAUCGGCAUCCGCAAGUCAGCGCGCAAAUGGAACAACCAGAAACGCUUCGGCGAGUUCCUGAAACAAUACCUGGGCAUGAGCACUCGGGCCACAGCGUACAACAGCGUCUCGGAGGAACUCAGCCGGCACAACCAAGUGUAGCGCGGCAACCGACGCCGUCACACCUCCCGAGGUCCUGCUCGUAGUCUCAGAUGGAUUUACACCGCAGGGCCCAAUUUCCAGUUUGUGCCUGUGUGUGGACCGUCUGUUUACAUCUGCUGUACUGUCAAGUGACACAUUUCUGGUAUGACUGUGCUUAUAUGUAAGAUGCUUAAUGGUGGCUUCCUCUAGUCUAAAUCGCUUGUAAGUAGGGGUGUGCAUCUCUCCACAAAAGACGAGUCAAUACGAUUCCAGAUACAUUGGGCACAAUACGAUUCAAGGAGGUGACGAUUUUAAAAUGUAACAAAUGGAUUUGGUUCAAUUCAAUGGGAUUUGAUUCAAUUAUGGUACGGCUGUAGUAUUUGUCAUGUUUAUUAAUUCGCAACAACAUAUAAAAGCUCAGCAAAGCCCAAACUAUCCAAGUAAAUUAAAUUAAAAGAAACAACAAAUCAUCACGCGGCAACAUCAAAUCGAUGGUUUUCAUCUCUCAGAAAAGACAAUUUCAUUUAUAUUUCGAUACACGGGCUGCGAUAAGAUUCAAGGAUGCAACAAUUGUCAAACGUUUUGGUUCAAUAGGUCAAAUCCAAAUUUUCGAUUCAUUUUUUUUUUCCUUUUAGUUACACACCUCCUUGUAAGGUAAGUUCGUUUUGACAGUUCUUCACCCAGUUUGGUUUCUGUUCAGACUGCAUACUGAAAUGCAAGCAUAAAUGAUUUGGUCUCAACUCUUCAGGGUGUUCACCUUGACUUGGUCUUGACUCCUCAAUCUCUCUCGAUUAUUCAAACUCUUCAGAUUCAUCACCAACAUGAUUUGAUCUUGGUUGGUCAGUCUUGAUUUGGCACUGGUGCAACAUUAAGCCUUUCUGAGUAGGGCCACAAUGAGCCAAGUUGUGACGGCCCUGUCAGUUUGAUGUUAAACCCCGACCGUGUUACUUGGAUUUUGGGAAGCUAUUUGGACUUUUUUGUUUCUGUAUGUCUUUGAACUGACUGACUUUACUCUGCUACUAUCUUGUGGUACAAAAGAAAAGGCUAUCGCCGAAUGCUAAUGCUAAUGUGUGACAAGUGACCAAUGGAUUAUAUUAAACGAAAACAAAAAAAUCCAAAUCAUAUGAAUUCACCUCUGAGUCAGACAAUGAGGGAUUUAAUUCAACUUCCAUACAGGAGAAUAUGCUCAUGAGCAUCACACACCAUGUAUAGUACUAACAAAUGAUGUGUGGUAUUUUAACUUGCCAUUGUGUUAGUUUUAGGGUGAUUGUAAAUAUCUGAAAUGUAAAAAAUAUGUCCGUAAAUAAAAACAGAUAAUUA